GCUAUCAUUGACUCUGCCCCUAGCAGCGCGGAACUACAAGUUCCAGGGUACCUCGCGGCCACCGUAGUCUAGGGCCGGGUGGAAUUGGCCCAGGAUGACAGCUGGAGAAUGGAGUCAGUUUUAUCCAAGUAUGAAAACCAGAUUACUAUUUUCACUGACUACCUAGAAGAAUUUCCAGACACAGAUGAGCUGGUAUGGAUCUUGGGGAAACAGCAUCUCCUUAAAACAGAAAAAUCUAAGCUGUUGUCUGAUAUAAGUGCUCGUCUAUGGUUUACAUACAGAAGGAAAUUUUCACCAAUUGGGGGAACAGGCCCUUCAUCAGAUGCUGGCUGGGGGUGUAUGCUGCGCUGUGGACAGAUGAUGCUGGCUCAAGCUCUUAUCUGCAGACAUUUGGGAAGGGACUGGAACUGGGAGAAACAGAAAGAACAACCCAAAGAAUACCAGCGGAUUCUACAGUGCUUCUUAGAUAGAAAAGACUGUUGCUAUUCUAUCCAUCAAAUGGCACAAAUGGGUGUAGGAGAAGGGAAGUCAAUUGGUGAAUGGUUUGGACCAAAUACAGUUGCACAGGUGUUAAAAAAACUUGCUUUAUUUGAUGAGUGGAAUUCCUUGGCUGUUUAUGUUUCAAUGGAUAACACAGUGGUCAUUGAAGAUAUCAAAAAAAUGUGUUGUGUCCUUCCCUUGAGUGCCGGCAUGCCCAGUGAGAGACCCUAUGACCCUUUGAAUGCUCCGAACCACAAUAAAGCCACCUCUGCCUGCUGCCCAGCCUGGAAACCCCUGCUGCUCAUUGUGCCCCUCCGCCUGGGCAUAAACCAAAUCAAUCCUGUCUAUGUUGAUGCAUUCAAAGAGUGUUUUAAGAUGCCACAGUCUUUAGGGGCAUUAGGAGGAAAACCAAAUAACGCCUAUUAUUUCAUAGGAUUCUUAGGUGAUGAGCUCAUUUUCUUGGAUCCUCACACAACCCAGACCUUUGUUGACACUGAAGAGAAUGGAAUGGUUGAUGACCAGACUUUCCAUUGUCUGCAGUCACCACAGCGAAUGAGCAUUCUGAACUUGGAUCCUUCUGUGGCAUUGGGAUUUUUCUGCAAAGAAGAAAAAGACUUUGAUAGCUGGUGUAACCUUGUUCAGAAGGAAAUUCUAAAGGAAAACUUAAGGAUGUUUGAAUUAGUUCAGAAACAUCCAUCACACUGGCCUCCCUUUGUACCUCCAGCCAAACCAGAGGUGACAACCACUGGGGCAGAAUUCAUUGACUCUACUGAACAACUAGAGGAAUUUGACCUGGAGGAAGAUUUUGAGAUUCUGAGUGUAUAGAAGAAUAGUAGGAACUCAACCUGAGGUGUGUCUUUGAUCUGGUACUAGAAGAACAUGAACUCAGUGAAUAAAAAUUUUCUAGUCAGCAAGUGCCUGUUAUGCCAACAGCAUACAAAUGUGAUAGCAAUCAAUCUUGACUGAGCCAAUCACUGUUUCUCAGAAAAAACAAUGAAUAACCCUUCCCCAGAAUGAACUAGAACAAUUGUAAAAUCUAAGAGCAAAGAGAUUAGGAGUCAUCCCUUGCUUCCCAGCUUGUAUUACAUAGCCACAGGGAGUCUGCCACUACUGAAAUGAGGAGGUGGACAUCUGGAACAUAGACAGAAGUUCCCAUCUUGCUUCAAGCAUCAGCAGAUAAGAUAUGGUUAACUGUGCUUCCUCACCCUUUCAGGUGUGACCUCUUUUGGGCUGAAUACUAAGAAGCAGUUUAUUCCUUUGUUCUAAUAAUAAAGUGAUUACAUCAGGGAGAAAAAGUUCUUGUAAAAUUAUUUGAAUAUGUAUUUUGAUGGAUUAUACUUCAUUAUAAUUUAUAUCAGAAAGUUUGUCAAAGACAUUACAUCAAAUGUGGAUUUAUUGAUCUGACUCUUUGGGGAAAACUUACUAGUUAAUGGGUCACCCACUUCUUUACUGAUAUUUUUGUCAGACAUCACCCUGUCCUUAAAUAAAAUCACAAUUGCCUAGAUCAGAGGUCAGCAAACUUUUUCUGUAAAGAACCAGCUAGUAAAUGUUUCAGGCUUUGUAAGCCAUGCCGCCUCUGUCAUAGCUAUAUAACUAUUGUUGGAAGUAUAAAAGCAGCCAUAGACAAUCUGAGCCUGGCUGUAAGCCAACAUGACUGUAUUUACAAAAACAGGUGGAUGGUGGAUUUAGCCCACAGGCUGUAGUUUGCCAAUCACUGACUUAAAAUAUUGAUAUUUGUCUGAGAAAUUAGAAAUUAUAAUUGAAUUAGACUCUA